GAGGAGGGAGUUUGGUUUAGAUGACUGAAAAUCCUUUCUAGUUUUAUGUCUAUCUCAUAUGUGACGUGGAAUGAAUUCCGGCGAGGAAAGAGCGCUCAAAUGUGAAGGUCCUGGUCCCGGCAGAGGUCGCUGCAAAAAAUGUCCCUCCUCACUCGCCAUCAUCUCCUUCUCGCGGUAAACGUGACCCUCGACCUCAGAAGCUUCUGCCAGAAAGAAAGAUGGCGGCAGCGUUGGCGGCGACAGGCCGCCUGCAGCAAGCCCUCCGAAGGGUACCGGCAUGGAAAAGGCCCUGCUCAGGAGCCCGGACGCGCCACCGCCAGCUUUCCUCCAGCCCUCCUCAACCUUCGGCCUCGGCCGUGAGAACCGCCUUCCUUCAUUUCUUCCGGGACCGUUACGGCCACCAGCUAGUGCCCUCUGCUUCCGUACGGCCUAGAAGCGACCCCGGCCUCCUCUUUGUCAAUGCGGGAAUGAACCAGUUCAAACCAAUUUUCUUGGGCACAGUGGACCCUCGAAGUGAGUUGGCACGGUUCCGUCGAGUAGCCAACAGCCAGAAGUGUGUUCGGACAGGAGGAAAGCAUAAUGACCUAGAGGAUGUGGGCCGAGACCUUUCUCACCACACCUUUUUUGAGAUGCUUGGCAACUGGGCAUUUGGAGGGGAAUACUUUAAGGAAGAGGCCUGCAGCAUGGCCUGGGAGCUGUUGACCCAAGUCUAUGGAAUUCCCCAGGACAGGCUGUGGGUUACCUACUUUGAUGGUAACCCUUCUGAGGGGUUGGCCCCAGACUACGAAAGCAGGGAUAUCUGGCUCAGCUUGGGGGUACCUUCUACUCGGGUGCUUCCCUUUGGGUCAAUGGAGAACUUCUGGGAGAUGGGUGAGACAGGACCUUGUGGACCGUGUACUGAAAUCCACUAUGAUCUAUCAGCAGGAGUGGGUCCUCCCCAACUGGUAGAACUCUGGAAUCUUGUCUUCAUGCAGUACAACAGGGAAGCAGACAGAAGCCUGCAACCCCUGCCCCAGCGGCAUGUGGACACUGGCAUGGGCCUGGAAAGGCUGGUAGCCGUGUUGCAGAACAAACAUUCUACUUAUGAUACAGAUCUCUUCUCCCCGCUGCUUACAGCUAUACAUCAGGGCUGCAGGGCACCCCCAUACCAGGGUCACGUAGGGGUGGCAGAUAAGGGACGCAUAGACAUGGCAUAUCGUGUGGUGGCAGACCAUGUCCGCACCCUGAGUAUCUGUAUGGCUGAUGGAGUUUACCCCGGCAUGACUGGAGCCUCACUGAUUCUCCGCCAAAUCCUUCGCCGAGCCAUUCGUUUCUCAUCAGAGGUACUGCAGGCACCUCCGGGCUUCCUGAGCAGCCUGGUGCCCAUUGUUGUGGAGAUUCUGGGAGAUGCCUACCCAGAGCUGCAGAAGAACAGAUCGCAGAUUGUCAGCUUGAUCACAGAGGAAGAAGGCGCCUUCCUAUCCUGCCUAGAACGAGGCCGCCGCAUCAUCGAGCGAACCCUGAGUCAGCUGGGCCCCUCUGAGCUGUUCCCAGCUGAAGUAGCCUGGUCUUUAUCUGGGAACCUGGGGCUGCCCUUGGACUUGGUGGGGCUGAUGCUGGAGGAGAAGGGUAUCCAGCUGGACUCAGCUGGUCUGCAGCAGCUCUCCCAGGAGGAGGCCCAGCGUCGGAGCCAAGCACAACAGGCAAAGCCAGCGGAGAAAUUGGAAUUGUGCCUGGAUGUCCAUGCCUUGGGCCAUCUGCGGAAGCAAGGGGUCCCCCCAACGGAUGACUCUUCCAAGUAUAAUUACUCAUUGCUUCCUAAUGGGUGUUAUGAAUUUGGAACCUGUGAAGCUGAGAUAAUACGGUUGUAUAGCCUAGAUGGGGUGGCCAUAGACUCAGUUGGAGGGGGUCAACGUUGUGGCCUCCUCCUGGAUAAGACCUGCUUCUAUGCUGAGCAAGGGGGCCAGGCUUCUGACCGUGGCUACCUGAUAUGCAAAGGGCAACAAGAUGUGCUGUUCCCAGUCAUUGGGGCCCAGACGUAUGGGGGUUUCAUUCUGCAUGAGGUGAUAGCCCCUGAAACCUUGAAGGUGGGAGACCAGGUACAGCUGUAUGUAGAUGAGGAAUGGCGUCUGGGCUGCAUGAAGAAACAUACAGCUACCCAUUUGCUGAGCUGGGCUCUGCGGCAGGAGCUAGGCCCAGGCACUGAGCAGUGUGGCUCCCACCUCAGUCCUGAAAGACUUCGCUUUGAUGUGUCCACGCUAGCCUCAUUGACACCCAAGCAGCUUCAGACAGUGGAGAAAACUAUCCAAGAGGCUGUGGGGAGGGAUGAGCCUGUAUAUAUGGCUGAGGUGGCUCUGGAGCUGACUACCCAAGUUCCAGGUUUACGAUCACUUAAUGAGAUAUACCCUGAUCCUGUUCGGGUGGUGUCUGUGGGGGUACCAGUAGCCAGUGUCCUGGCCCCUACCUCUCAGGCUGCACUGCAUACCUCCGUAGAACUGUGUUGUGGCACGCACCUCUUACGCACAGGGGCCAUAGGAGACCUGACUAUUGUGGGGGAACGACAGCUGUCCAAGGGCAUCAUCCGUUUGGUGGCUGUCACUGGAGAGCAGGCCCAGCAGGCCCGUGACGUUGGUCAGAAUCUGGCUGAAGAGGUUGAAGCAACUGUAGCUCGAUUGAGCCAGGGGAAUCAGGAUAUCAGAAUGGCUCAGCAAUUAUCAAAGGAUGUGGGACGGCUCAGUGAUACAGUGGACACAGUUGUGAUGCCCCAGUGGCAGCGUCGAGAGCUGCAGGCGGUCCUGAAGAAGCUGCAGCGUCGUGCCAACACUGCCAUCCGAAAACUGGAGGUGGAGUUGCUGCUAGUGAAGGUGGCGAAACAGCUGUGUGAGCAAGUCCCUGGCACCUCCGUGUUACUGCUCAGUGCCCAGGCCCCAGGGAAGGUCCUGUGUGCCUGUCAGGUGGCUCAGGAUGCAGUCCCUACCUUCACUGCUGAAACCUGGGCAUCGGUUGUGUGUAGCCAGAUGGGAGGCAAGGCCUGGGGCUCCCGAGUUGUGGCACAGGGCACGGGCAACACUGGUGAUGUGGAGGCCAUGCUGAACAUUGCCCGAUCCUUUGCUCUCAGCCAGCUCUAACCCAGGACUUUGGGGGUGAAGUGGAGCAGGAGUCGGAGGCCCAGUGCCUAACAACUAAGAAACGAGGGAUGGAGACAGAAGCAGGAACAUGAGAAGAGCCACGGCAUAACUAUCUCUUGGUCCUUUGUCUGGGCCAGCUUUCCCGUUGUGGGGCAGGGCUCUGAGACUCGAUGAUCCCAGAAGAAUAACUGCUCCCUCACAGCUCAGGGAAGAGGGAAAAAGGAAUAUAUGGAGAAUAAUGACAUUUUGGGACUGCCCCUCCCUCACCUCAGAGGGAGGAGGAAACUGUCUGGGCUGUUACUAGGAAGGAAAGGGCCCUUCCUUUCCCCUCCCAUCUCAAACUGCUCUGGGCAUCCAUCACUUCUGCUUGUUCCCUCAGGCCUGCCUUGGGGAUGGGAGGGACUUAGGACUAGCCUAGGAUCUGAGCCCUUGCUCCCCACUGAUUCAGAGUCUCUGCAGAUGGCUUCAAACCAGGCUGAGCCACAGGGAGGAGCCCAGCCCUCUUGGUCUCCAAAACUAAAAAUGUAAGGGUCUUGGGUCCCUGGAAUUCUGGGGAAACUCAGAUCAGACUGAAUAUUAAACAACAUUUCUGCA